GGUCGAUCAUUCUCCGUACUUGAGUAAAAUAAAGUAGGCUUAAAAUGCUCAUUAAGUUACUUCUGGCGUUGGUAAUUGGCUAUGGUGGCAUUUUUGCGCCUGGCAGUGCACAAAAUCUGCUGGAUCGACUGCGACCGGUGAAUAUGACUCGCUUCGAUGAUGGAAUCAAAGUGGUUUCCGGCACCAAAGUGAAGCGGUACGAACGCCUAACCGUGCCGCUCGGAGGUCCUGUGGGAAUCCCAGGAGCUGCAGGACUUCUGGGACCCCUGCUCCCACCACAACCUUCGUACUUGGGGUAUACCUAUCAGUUGGUGCCCCAAUGGCAGGCGGGUGCUAAGUUGGUGGGCGAUGGAGAAGGAGCGAGCGUGGCCGGCAUGAUAUCCUUUAUUCAGCUCCCAUACAACUCGGACAUCAAGGUGACGAUCAAUGUGACGGGACUUCCACCUGGUAAACAUGCUUUGCACAUCCACACCUUCGGCGAUCUGAGCGAUGUUUGCAAGUCCACCGGUGGGCAGUUUCCCAAUAACUUCCUCGGUAAUGUGGACACCAAAGAUGAUGGCAGUAUCUCGGCUGUUUUCCAGAGCAUUUACCUCCAACUAUUUGGCAUUAAUGGAAUCGUUGGACGGUCCAUUGUGAUUCACAGCAAGGCAAUCGAUCUGAACACGGCCCUGAAUGCGGAGGUGUUUUCGUCCUCCCUCCAAAUAAUGCCAAAUCCCUUGGCAUAUCAGAACGAGGAAAACUCUGUGGGCCCUGCAAUUGCCUGUGGAGUUAUUAGUCUUAUGAGCACAUCAGUCAGUUCGUCAGGUAUGACAACUGCAGCAUCUGCAGCACCUGCUAUGGAGAAUGCCGAGAUUUGAGAUCUAUUUUAA